AGGGCUCGAGACUUUUCAACCUGGUUCCCGCUUUGUGGAGCCAUGGUCCUUCCGAUUCGCUUUCAUUUUCUCGGCGGCCAGCCCAUGGAAUCCAUGGCGCUUUUCGCCGCGAUUUGCCAUGAUUUGAUGAUCGUCUCCAUCGGCUUGCAGUUGGUGCUGAUUGCACUACUGCUCCUAUACUAUGCUUGGUCGGCAUUCCGACUGUGGCGCAAGGGAGUUGAAUUUUCGGCGACCUUGGUGCCUACCUUGGAGCAGAAAGUGGCCUUGCCUCCACCUGGGCCUGUGCUGAUGUGGGCAGUCCAGUGGGAUUUAGACAUUCGAGCUAUGGUCGAUGACCUGAAGAAUGAAGGUCCGUCAGUGGUAGAGCGAUAUUGCCAGAACGAGGCUUUCAUGAACAAACUCAGGAAAAUAGUGCGGAACGUUGUGUCGCAGAGCGAGAUGAUCCGCAUUACUCAGGAGGUGAGGAUGAAGCGAGAGCUCGAGAAGUUUCAGCGGAUGAACUUUCAAAAGUCUGCUGAGGAGGAAGAUGAAGAUGCCAAAGCGUGGCAAGCCAUGAUGCUCGAGAUGACAGGAGAGAAGCCGCAGGAGACACAGAUUGAUGUGAACGUUGGUGCCCCGGCGCAACAGAUGUCUACAGUAUUCGAAGGGGACGAUGCAGAAGCUUUGGAAGCCAUGAUGGCUGUGAUGAACAGGAAACCUUUUGAGGCUGCAGUUGCUGAGCCUCCAAUUCCAACACCUGCACCACAGGCAGCUUUUAACGCAGAUGAUGCAGCAGCUUUGGAAGCUAUGAUGUCGGUGAUGAACCGCAAGCCAUUCGAGGAUGUACCUGCAGAAGUUCCUGAGCCAAUUUCAACUCCUGCAGCAUCCUUUGAAGGGGAUGACGCAGCAGCGUGGGACGCAAUGUUGUCGGUGAUGAACCGCAAACCGUUUGAGGACGCACCCCCCGAAGUUCCUGCGCCAAUUUCAACUCCUGCAGCAUCUUUUGAAGGGGAUGAUGCAGCAGCGUGGGAUGCAAUGAUGUCUGCAAUGAAUCGAAAACCAUUUGAGGAGAAUGCUGAGCCAGCAUCGUCAGCUCUACAUGAAGAUGAUGCAGCAGCUUUGGAAGCUAUGAUGUCGGUGGUGAGCCGCAAGCCGUUUGAGGAUGCGGCAGAAGCUCCUGCGCCAAUUUCAGCUGAAUCCACCUCUUUGCAGCAAGAUGAUGCAGCAGCGUGGGACGCAAUGUUGUCGGUGAUGAACCGCAAGCCAUUUGAGGCUGAAGCAGCACCAGUGCAAGCAUCACCAGCCCUUCAAGGGGAUGAUGCAGCAGCUCUGGACUUGAUGAUGUCCGUAGUGAACCAGAAGCCAUGUGAGGAUUCACCAAAGGGGCUUCUGCAGAGUGAUUGCUCCACGGAGCAUGUGCAGGUCCUGGAGAAAUCCGAGUCGGAGCAAAGUGACGACACAUCGGAGCUUUGGGCCCAGCUGGAGGACAUGGAGAAAAACGGUGCAUCGCUGCAAGCACAAGUGCAGAAAUUGGUCUCUGUAUGUGCACCAUCCACUUGGCUUCCCAUUCCAGAGGACCAGGAGUCCUUGGCCACAACACAUUUUUUCAUUGGCGACUCAGAUGAGGAGGAGCAGCUCGAUGAUUUCUGGAAUGCCCUUGAUGAGGAUCUUUGCCGUGGUGCAGAGAUUUUGCCACACGCUCAGAAACUCGUGGACUGCUUCCGCCCGAAGGUGCCCACUUGCAUUGGUGCAAGUCAACAGUUCUACAUCGGUGACGAGGUGGAAGGCACCGCACAGCAGUUUUACAUCGGAGACGAGGAUGUGCCCGAGAUGAGCUUGCCGUGACAGGGCAGCUGAAAAGAGCAUUUGCGUGACGGGAGCUUUGGAACACGAAUAUCUUUUGGAUGUUUUUAGUUGUUCUUUAGUAGGAAUGUGGGCCCGAUGGUCAGAGAGAUUCUGUACUAGAUCCUUUCUGCGGCGCUUCCUCUUUCAGCUGCUUUGGUUGAAGACGGGACUCGAACUUGAACCCAAC